AUGACGACUGUGGAGGAAGCGAAGCACCUCAUAUGCGACCUGUGCGGGGUCAUGUAUGCCGGGGGCCAUGUGAGCGGCACCGGUGGUGGCAUCAGCAUCAAGGCGGGGGACGCCCUGGUCAUGGCGCCCUCUGGUGUGCAGAAGGAGCGCAUGCGGCCGGAGGACAUGUUCGUGCUGGACCUGAAGGGUAAUGUGACGCACACCCCUGAGCCACGAGGGCCCCCCUACAAACCUCCCAAGCUGAGCGAGUGCGCUCCCCUCUUCCAGUCGGUAAGGGCGUACGACCUGGCAGGAGCGGGGGCGGUGCUGCACAGCCACAGCAUCAAUGCCCUGCUGGCCACAGUCCUCGACCCCGACAGCUCCGAGUUCCGCGUGACCGAGCUGGAGAUGAUCAAGGGCAUUGAGGGCCACGGCUUCUUCGACACCCUGGUGGUGCCCAUCAUAGAGAACACGGCGCGGGAGUGCGAGCUGACGGAGCGGCUGCAGGCCGCCAUCCGCGCCUACCCCCGCACCCGCGCAGUGCUGGUCCGCCGCCACGGCGUCUAUGUCUGGGGUCGCGACUGGAUCCAGGCCAAGACGCAGGCCGAGUGCUACGAGUACCUGUUCGAGGCCGCCGUGCGCCUGCGCCAGCUGGGCCUCGACGCCAGCCGGCCUGCCGUGGGGGUCGAAGACGCGGGGCGUCCCGGUGCCGCGCCGCUCGAUGUGUCCGCGCCGGGGCCAAAGCGUGCAGCGCGUGGCGUGCCCCCCGCUGUGGUGCUGGACAUCGAGGGCACCGUGGCGCCCAUCUCCUAUGUCACCGCCACCCUGUUCCCCUAUGCGCGUGUGCGGCUGAGGAGCCAUCUGGAGGCCAGCUGGGGCACGCCCGCGACUCAGGCCGUGGUGCAGCAGCUGCGGCAGCAGACGCCGGCGCUCAAGACCCUGCAAGGCCACAUCUGGACCGAGGGGUUUGCGACGGGGGAGCUGACGUGCCCGCUCUUCCCAGACGUCGCACCGGCCCUCCGCCGCUGGGCGGGCGCCGGGAUCAAGCUCUACAUCUACUCCUCGGGCUCCAGGCAAGCCCAGCGAGACUUGUUCGGGCACACCGCUGAUGGUGACCUGCGCCCCCUCCUCUCCGGCUUCUUCGACACCUCCAGCGGCGCCAAGGUUGAGGCGGCGUCGUACGAGAACAUCGCCCUGAGCCUGGGGGUGGACUCGGCGGACGAGGUGCUCUUUGCCACCGACAGCCUGGCAGAGGCACGCGCGGCGGGCGCUGCUGGGUGGAGGGUGGCGCUGACGCUGCGGCCCGGGAACGCCCCUGUCAGCAAGGAGGACGGCGCCUGCCUCCUGCGCAUCGCCUCUCUCGCAGACCUCGAAUUUUGA